AUGCCCCAAUUUUCUUUCUGAACAUUUUAAAUUCUCUCCAUUUUCGAUUCUUCAUUAAUAUGCUCAAGAGACUUCUCUAUCCAAGCCGCUUCGUUUUUCAUUACAAACCCACCUAUAAUUCGGCCCAAAAACUCAAUAAUUCGCAAUCUUUUCCCUUUUCUUGGCCGUUAUCUGUAGUUUCUUGCCGGCCCAUCAACUUCUCUAGAGUUCCAGCCAUGGCGGACGGCGGGUCCCCUCAAACGGCGUCGCCGAAUCCCCAAAAGCACACUAAUCGGCUUGCAGAGGAGCACAGUCCUUACCUUCUUCAGCAUGCCCAUAAUCCCGUUGAUUGGUAUCCAUGGGGUGAGGAGGCGUUUGCAGAAGCUCGUAAAAGAGACAUCCCUAUCUUCUUGUCAAUUGGUUACAGCACUUGCCAUUGGUGCCAUGUCAUGGAAGUUGAAUCAUUUGAGGAUGAAGAGGUGGCCAAAUUGCUUAAUGAUUGGUUUGUCAGUAUCAAGGUGGAUCGCGAGGAAAGGCCAGAUGUUGAUAAGGUAUAUAUGACGUAUGUACAAGCGUUGUAUGGUGGUGGUGGUUGGCCGUUAAGCGUCUUCCUUUCACCUGACCUAAAGCCUUUAAUGGGUGGCACGUAUUUCCCCCCGGACGAUAAGUAUGGAAGGCCCGGUUUCAAAAGUAUACUUAGGAAGGUUAAAGAGGCAUGGGACACUAAGAAGGAAAUCUUGGUCAAAAGUGGGGUAUUUGCAAUGGAACAGCUCUCAGAAGCAUUAGCUGCAGUUGCGAAAUCAGAAAAGCUUCCCGACGGGCUUCCAGAGAGGGCAGUCCAGAAAUGUGCUGAACAGCUUGCGGAUAGUUAUGAUUCCAAGUUUGGUGGAUUUGGCUCUGCUCCGAAAUUCCCAAGACCUGUUGAAAUCCAGCUAAUGCUUUAUCAUAAAAAGAAGUUAAAGGAUAACCAAAUGCAGGGUGAAGCAAAGCAUGACCUGAGUAUGGUGGCACUGACCCUGCAGAGCAUGGCAAGGGGUGGUAUCCACGAUCACGUUGGAGGUGGUUUUCACAGAUAUAGUGUUGAUGAAUGCUGGCACGUACCUCAUUUUGAGAAGAUGCUCUAUGAUCAAGGGCAACUUGUUAACGCGUACCUAGAUGUUUUCUCGCUAACGAAAGAUGUGUUCUAUUCAAGCACGUCAAGGGACAUUCUUGAUUACUUGCGAAGAGAGAUGAUUGGCCCCAGUGGGGAGAUAUUUUCUGCUGAGGAUGCAGAUAGUGCCGAAUUUGAAGGUGCCUCGAGGAAGAAGGAAGGUGCCUUCUAUGUCUGGACCAGCCAAGAGAUUGACGACAUACUUGGAGAGCAUGCCCCCCUCUUUAAAGAGCACUACUACAUUAAAUCGUCUGGCAAUUGCGAUCUAUCAAGAAUGAGUGACCCUCACGAUGAGUUCAAGGGCAAGAACGUGCUUAUAGAGCGAAACAGUACUUCUGAGAUGGCAUCAAAAUCUGGCAAGCCACUGGAGGAGUACCUAAAGAUCUUGGGUACAUGUCGAAAUAAGCUUUAUGACGUCCGGUCGAAACGCCCCAAGCCAUCUUUGGACAAUAAGGUCAUCGUGUCGUGGAACGGACUGGCAAUUUCUGCAUUUGCUAGAGCAUCAAAAAUCCUAAAGGACGAACCAGAAGGAACACAAUACCACUUUCCUAUUGUUGGAACUAAUCCGAGGGUGUAUAUGGAAGUUGCUGAGAAGGCAGCAGCUUUUAUCCGGAGGAAUCUUUAUGACGAGCAGACGAGAAGACUGCAACAUAGUUUUCGAAAUGGUCCGUCCAAGGCACCUGGAUUUUUAGAUGAUUAUGCCUUUCUGAUAUCUGCUCUGAUAGAUAUAUAUGAAUUCGGGGGUUCAACAAAUUGGCUAGCUUGGGCUAUUGAACUUCAGCAAACGCAGGACAAGCUGUUUCUUGAUGAGGAGGGCGGAGGAUAUUUCAAUACUCCCGGGGAGGAUCCCUCAGUCCUCCUCCGAGUGAAAGAGGACCAUGAUGGUGCAGAACCAUCGGGGAACUCCGUUGCAGUAAUCAAUUUAGUGAGACUGGCGUCUCUGGUAGCUCCAGCUUCUGAUCGUUACAGGCGAAAUGCACAAGUUCUGUUGGCUGUGUUUGAGAAGAGGUUGAGAGAAACAGCAAUGGCCAUGCCUCUCAUGUGCUGCGGUGCAGAUCUGCUCGGUGCCCCUUCGAGAAAGCAAGUGGUCAUAGUCGGAGACAAGGCUUCUGAAGAAUUCGACAAAAUGUUAGCUGCUGCGCACUCAUCAUAUAAUCCCAAUAAAACGGUGAUUCAUAUAGACACUAGAGAUGCGGAGGAAAUAGGCUUCUGGGAGGAAAACAAUGAGAAGAUUGCUGGUAUGGGCAAGAGCAACUCUGCAGCAGACAAGGUGGUCGCGCUCGUCUGCCAGAAUUUUACGUGCAGUCCUCCGGUGCACGACCCAAGUUUGCUGAUUUCUCUGCUGGACUAAAUAUGUAUGCAGCAAUAAGUGAAGGUCUUUGUUGAAAUAAGAUGCAGCUCUUUUUGUUC